CUGGGUUGUCUUUUUAUGCAUAAAGUUACACACACUCAGGAGCAUGAGUAGGAGACAGACAUUUUUCCAAACUGAUGGGAUUCUCACGAAUACACAAAUGAACAGUUUAUUAAUAAACCCAUUUACAUUCAGCUUGAUCAGUGAGACUCAAUGUGCAUAAAUCUUCCUUAAUCGUUAAUUAUUAAAUAGAUUUAGGCCUAUGUUGGGUUAUCCGUGUGGAAAAACAACUGUGGUAAAAGAUUAAACCGGAUAGAAGCAGGGAGAUGUUGGUACAGGUAUUGCAUGAAAACACACGUUUGUCAAUACUCAUGAAAGAGCCUGAAUUAUUUACGUUAUGGAUGUUGGUAUGCACAGGAUAGCAGGGAAAGUCCCUACAGGUUGCCGGAUGAGUUUAAGGUUAGCCUGACCUUUGAGAACUGAUAAAGCUUUGCACAAUUGUGUUGUCAUUAAAAAAUUUUUUUUAAGUUUGUCUUACUGGUAACUCAACAUAACGGUAACUCAGUUAUCUGCCACUGGUGAAGAUUAAGUCAAGAUUAGGUCAUUUCAUACCUAAACCAGCAGAAUGAGCAGUGUAUAAUAAGGGCUCAGUUUCAGUGGGAAAAAGGCUUCCUGAAGAACUGGAUUUAAUAUAAUGAAAUUCAUUAUAAGGUGAAAACAUUUUGAGAAGAGAUCAUCUGAACAGUAUUUUUAGUUCUGCUGUACUAUACUGUAUAUAAUGUAUUCAGUCUCUGCAAUCCAGAGUUGGAAUUUCCAAUAUUCCAAGAGUGGCUAAAGCGGAAAAACACAAAUUGCACAAUAAUAACAUGUAAAUAUUGCCUGAGCAUAGGUCACGUCACUAAAUAUGACUCUGAAAUCCCUGGCUAAAUGACUGCAAUUUUCUUUACUUUUCACGGGCUGUUUUGAGAUCGACUCUAACAAUGAUGAUCCUAUUAGUGUUUUUAUGGAUGAGUGUGAGGGUUCAGUCUAAAAGCCUGAUGUUCCAGCCUCUAGACUGUGCAGACAUUUAUAACGACAGUUCUUGGACAAGUGGAGUACACAUGAUCUACCCUGCUGGACCGAACUCUGGUCGCUAUGUGUACUGUGACAUGUACACUGAUGGAGGAAAAUGGACCGUGUUCCAGAGAAGAAUGGAUGGCACUGUGAACUUCUACAGAGGAUGGGAUCAGUACAAGAACGGCUUUGGACAUGCAGCUGGAGAAUACUGGCUGGGACUUGAGACAAUUCAUCUCCUCACCCUGAAGAAGAACUAUGAGCUGCGAGUAGAUAUAGAGGACUUCAAAGGAAAUAAGGUCUAUGCAAAAUACAAAUCAUUUGGCAUUUCUCCAAUGGCUAUUAAUGCAGAACUGGAUGGCUACAAACUGCACGUGUCUGAUUUUGAAGAUGGUGGUGCAGGAGAUUCGUUGUCAUACCACAGUGGAUCAAAGUUCUCAACCUUUGACAAAGAUCAGGAUUCAUUUGAAGGAAAUUGUGCUGCUUCCUAUGCAGGAGCAUACUGGUAUAACUCCUGCUACAACUCCAACCCAAAUGGACUUUAUACGUGGGGAGAAGAAUUGCAAAUCGGACUCAACUGGAGAACUUGGAAAGGCUUUAAGUCAGUGAAAAGCAUCUCAAUGAUGAUGAGACCAGUGAAUCUGGCCUGACCACCAAAACACGUCAUUGAGAAGAAGAAAAAGAAAAAAAUUAACUACCAUUUUUAUGGACCAAGUAUGAGUACAAGCAUGUGUAAAAUUAUAUGUUUUUUUUGGUACUUGUCAAUACCUAUACUGAUAUGAGUAACCUACUUAGUAUUACUUAGUAAUAGUAUUACUGCACUUGCACUCUGCACAAUGACAAUAAAGCUGAAUCUAAUCUAAUCUAAUCUAAUCACCAAUCAUGGAACAUGUUAUUGUUAUAGCUGUUUAUGUUUCCCCGGUUUACAUAUUGGCUAUGAAAAGCACAUACACUGCACUGAGUCUACUAGGUGCAUUCUUUAUAACGUUAGCUAGCCAAUUUUAAAUGAAGUACAUUAGCUAGCUGCAAGAAUGACCUUGGAUAGAUUAGUACUGUAUUAGAGAAUUGAGGGUUUUCUUUCACUUUGCAAACAAGCUUCUGUACGGCUGUAAGUUAUAUUGUACUGUUUUCAUUGCAUCAGAGCUCCUCAUCAAGACCAACAUACUGGGUAAGAGCUGUUAUAUUCCCUCACCUAGGCUUGUCUCUAGACAUCUUUGUUGCUAGUAAUGAACUCCUUGUGCUGAGUUUCAUUUUAUAGGAAGACAUCAUCUGCUCUGCUUUGAUUGCCUUGAUCAUGAGUGAAAUAAAUCCAGAUCACUGUCA